AUGGCUCCUCCAGCCAAACGCCGCAAGCGCAAUGUUGUGCAAUCAGACGACGAAGGAGAACACAAGCCAAAGCAAAACACAUUGGCUAAUUACCUGUUCUCUUCACCCGAUCGCCCAAGCAAUUCUGCACCUGAUGCUGCACGACCUCUGACGGAAUCUCCGAGCCCAGUUGCCCGCAAGGCCCCGAGACCAGCCGCAACCGAUGGACAGGCACCGAAGCCUGCCGUCAAGAAUCUACAACUGAGAAGCAAUGCGCAGAACAGGGCACCAAGAAAGAGUACGAGUGUAAGCCCCGAAAAGACAAAAGCACGGUCCAUACGAGCAAAGCUCGAAGAGAAGGGCAAGACGGCAGACCUCAAGACGCUGUUCUCGAGGCAGGCCGAACGGGCCCCCGUUGCUUCCCCUACCAAGAUUGACGACAUAUUGAGCGAUCCAAUCUCCGACGACGAUGGGGUACAAGAUCACAAGGCAUCCAUGGCCAGCCACGUUGCAAAGAAUGCCCAGAAGCGCUUCAAGGAGUCGGCGGCGCCCGUGGGCGGCGGACCACUAGCGACAAGUCAGAAGUUCUUGAGACCACCCAAACCAACACGUACCGUAGUGCAUGAUAACGACCAAAGGCCAUGGUCUGAACGUUUUGGGCCCGUCAGCCUCGAAGAGCUUGCGGUGCAUAAGCGAAAAGUGACUGAUGUGCGGAAAUGGCUAGAGGAUGUGAUCGCCGGAAGACUACGCCAACGACUUUUGAUAUUGAAAGGAGCUGCGGGGACUGGAAAAACUACGACGGUGAAACUUCUUGCCAAGGACAUGCGUUGUGAGCUGCUGGAGUGGAGGAAUCCAACAUCAGUAGGCGGUCUCGGUUUUCAAUCAGCCUCUGCCCAGUUCGAGGAGUUCUUGGGUAGGAGCGGAAAGUUUAGUCAGUUGGAUCUCGAUACGGAAUCGCCAAAUUUAACGACGGCAGUCAACAAGACCCCGGGUUUUGAGGAAAACGACCGCAAGAUCAUCUUGAUUGAAGAAUUUCCCAAUACGUUCACCCAGUCCUCGACAGCUCUGCAGUCUUUCCGAAAUACCGUCUUGUCAUAUCUAGCCUCGAACACGCCAUCCCUUGCAAGCUUCACACAACCUUCCUCGAGAGAACCAGUGACUCCCGUCGUAAUGGUCAUCUCAGAAACUCUUUUGACUACUACAUCAGCCUUGGCAGACAGCUUUACUGUGCAUCGCUUACUCGGCCCGGAAAUCACCAGACACCCUGGGACGGCUGUAAUUGAAUUCAACUCGAUAGCGCCCACACUCCUCGCUGCAGCGCUUGAAGUCAUUAUCCAAAAAGAGGCUCGAAAAUCUGGACGGAAGCGAACGCCUGGUCCUACUGUGCUGAAACGACUGGGCGAGAUAGGCGACAUCCGAAGUGCAGUAUCAUCACUCGAGUUCUUGUGUUUGAAAGGAGACAGUGAUACAGAUUGGGGCUCCAAAAUCACAUUUACCAAGCCCAAAAGGAGUAUCAAGAGCAAUGUUGCCCUCACAAAAGGCGAGGAAGAGAGUCUCGAGCUAAUCUCGCAAAGAGAAGCCAGCUUGGGCAUUUUUCAUGCAGUGGGAAAAGUCAUGUACAACAAGAGAGAGGAAACUCCCCUUGUAGGUAACACCGAUGAAGGCAGAGCGGAAAGGCUUCCGGCGUUCAUGGCUCAUUACUCUCGCCCGAAGCGCUCAGAAGUCUCGGUCGAUAAUUUGAUAGACGAAACUGGAACUGAUACUCACACAUUCAUAUCGGCACUUCAUGAGAACUACCCACUCUCUUGUGCACCUACCGGGCCAGAUGACCUAUCGUCAUCAGUGGAUUAUAUGAAUGAUUGCCUCGACUAUCUUUCAGAUAGUGACUUGUUAUGUCCGUCAUCGGACAUUUUCUUUGGUGGCAGAGGGUUUGGUUCUGGUGGUUUUGGAGGCAGAGAUUCUGCUAGUCAUGUUCUCAGGCAAGACGAGAUCACCUUUCAGGUUGCUACUCGAGGCUUGCUCCUCUCCCUUCCCCAUCCCGUGAAAAGGAUAGGAACGUCUACACACAGAGGCGGCGGGGAUGCGCACAAGAUGUUCUACCCCACGAGUUUAAAGCUCUGGCGAGAGAAGGAAGAGCUCGGAAGCGUCGUCGAUCUGUGGGCCACCAAACUCAUGCGUGGCGAAGAGGAGGCCGGCAUGCAUGAUGUCAUGAAUGGUGCUUCAGCUUUUAGAAAGCCGAAAUCGGAUGAUUCGGGCAGUUGGCUUGACAAGCAGAGGCCACAGCGGCCAAACGCCUUGCGCAAGGACACCGCCAGAGCACAGGAGCCUGCAGCACCACCACUACUCUCUCUUGGAAGCUCCGCACGCAAUGAACUCUUGCUGGAGCGUCUCCCAUACAUGGCGCAUAUCGUACGUCGGAAGCGAAGCGCUGCCAACAACUACCGGCUGAAAGAACUAGAAAAGGUGGUCUCCUUUUCUGGAAUUGGAGGAGGUGGAGAUGACGAGGCCAUCGCAGAAGGCGGUGACGGCGAUGAGGUCAACGGAGCAGCCAGCGGCGAGGCAUGGGCCACGGAUAAACCUGCCGAGGACGGAUCACCACGCAAGAAGACUCUGGGGAUUCGCCAAAAGACCAAGGAAAGCGUCGUGGCGGAACUGCCGGUCCAGUCACUCGUGAUUAGCGAUGAUGAUAUAGAAGAUGACUGA